AUCAAAGAACUCCAAACUGUAGUCCAAACUUAAAACUCAAAGUCAUAUUUAAAUAGCAUAACAUUGGACCUGUUUUUCCUAAACUCAGAAUAAUAUAUUAUAUUGCACAACUUUUUCAUUUGUCUUCAUAAUAUUAUUCUCCAAUGUUCGCUCUAAGAGUAACAAUGGAGGUACAAUUUAAAGUCUAUACAUUUUGGAAUGAGAAUGAUAAGCCAGAAGUGAGAAGGUUUGGGAUAGACAAAAGUGUUGUAACUAGCUUUCAGUAUUUGAAUGCUAAGCUUCAAGAUAUUUUUCCUAAACUGAAAGGAAAAACAUUCUCCGUGCUUUGGAAAGAUGAAGAAGGUGAUGAUGUGAUGAUUUCAUCGGAUGAUGAAAUAAUGAUUGCACUGACAUCAAUGUCUGAUGAUCUUAAAAAGCUCUAUGUCUAUUGCAAAGACCCUGAAGAACAGCAAAAUGAGUGUGAUAUUGUAAUUACUGCAGUAGCUGAUAAUGCACAGAGCAGUAGCAAUAUCAUGCACAAUGGUGUGGUGUGUGAUGGGUGCAACUCUCCAGUAACUGGUUUCCGCUACAAUUGCACUUACUGUGAUGACUAUGACCUGUGUUCCAAGUGUGAAGCAGCAGGAAUGCAUCCCGAACACUGCAUGGUGCGAGUACCAGUACCAUCCUUGCCUCGCCCUAUGAUCAAAGCUGCUGUAAAAAGGUCGCGUUAUUUCUUAAAGUCAUUACGCACGGUUGAAGAGCAAUGCAAGAAACAACGUCAUGAGGGCGAAAAACACCGUGAGAAUUCCCAUGGUCACGGUCACGGUCACGGUCAUCGUCGACAGGGACGCGAUGACCACCGCCGUAAACACAUUAGCUGGCUCGAUACCUUUGCCUCAUACUUAAAUGAAUUCUCGAACCUCGCUGGUGAUAUCGGACUUGACACUCAAACCAAUCCAGGUAACCAGGAAAAUGUUGGGCAGAACGCAGCAAAGUCCCAAGAAGCUACCUCUUGUGCUGCAUCAGGUGAAAACCCAAAACCUACCCAAUGUCCCUUCACAAGUGACAAAGCCUAUGUUGAAAAUUUUAUAAGGGAUUACAUGAAGGGAUUACCCAAGCCAUCAACAUCGAAGCAGGAUGUAGAAACGGGGCACGGUGAUGCGAAGACAGAGGAAAAUGAAAAGUCUGAUGGGGCCAUAUCAAACGCAGCUCAAGAUUCUAUGUCCAAGGCAGCUGAAGGCAACAAAGAUGAAUCUCCUGAUAGAACUGAUGGCUGGACUGUGAUUAACAAAGAUGUGAUGGAAACAGAAGCAAAGGGAACUGAAGCAGAACGUCCCAUUGGCUUCAACUUGCCCGAAGAGUUCCAAGAACGAGUGCGCAUUAACGAACGCCAGAGUCUCUACCCGCCUCUUAACACUGCGACUGCUGUGAUGAAUCCUAAAGAAGCUGCGAUGGACCAAGCAGCAAAGCCCAGUGCUCCCGAAGCACCUAAACAGGAACCUGCAAAGGGUGCUGAAUCGAAACCCAAGGAUGCCAAGCCUGAGACUGCUCGUCAUCCAAUUGCUCACAUUCAAGCAGCUCUAGAGCAGAUGAUGUCAAUGGGUUUCACCAACGAAGCUGACUGGCUCACACAGCUCCUUGAGACCAAGGAUGGCAACAUUUCUGCAGUUCUUGACUUGCUUACCCCCGGUAACCCUAAGAAGUAAAUGCCACUUGGCAUAUAAACAUAAUAUUCCUAUAUAAAUAUAUAAUGUAUGCUUAUUCUACUCUUAGAGGGUAAUAUAUCUAUAUAAUUUAGGGUGUUUCUUAAUUGGGAUUUUUUUUUAUUAUGAUAUGUGUCACCUUUAUUCUGUUCUUAGCAAGAAGCUAAUAUGUAAUUUUUAUUUUAUUUUAAAGUAAUAUUUAGGGGUUGCUACCAUGCAUAUGAAAAAAUAAAGAGAAGUAUUUUUGAAAAUUUAUUAAGUAACUUCCUUCCUUCCACAACUGAAACUCACAAAUAUUAAAUUUCACGUAUGAUAACAAAGUAGUUUGUUUUUGUUAUCAUUUACUACUUUUGCGUGAAAAUUUUCACAUUCAAAAGAAGGGAUUAUUGUUGAUGUGCACCAUUGUUACAAACUUUGUUCACGGGGUAGCAACCCUUAAAAGCUUAUAUGAGAAACAGAAGCGAAUGGCGGUCUGAUGCAAAAAUGAAAAAUAAGAAGAGCCCUAAUUUAAGUAUGUAUUACAUAUUUGAAUACAUAAGUGGUCAGUAUGGAUGUCAAAUAUUUUGAUACUGUGUUCAAACAAAUAUAAUAUUUGGUUUUUUAAUGCAAUCAUCACAGAAUCUACUUAAUCAUUAUUAAAGCCCCAAUGUAAAAGGUAUUUUCUAAAUAUAUAUUUGUAUUAUGUAUAAUCAGCUGGUCAUAAAUAGGUAUUAUUAUUAAAUAAAUGUUACUGUCACUUAUGUUUCAAAUGUUAUUAUAGGUUUAUUAUAUGGAUAUAAUCUUGCCUAAUAUAUUUUUUAUUAUUUAGAAUGGGAUGUUUUUAAUUGAAUAAUAUUAUUCUUUUAAAAAUAUUGUGAUAAGUGAUUGAUUACAGGACUGUAUUGUGAUAUUUGGUGGUGGAAAUGUUAGAAUAAUUUAUUUUUCUUCUAUUUAAUCUAAUAAAGGUAUUUCGGUGA